AAAAAUUAAAGAGACUAAAAAAACUGGGAUUUAUCUGUCUCUAGUUUUUGUGUCUCUUUUGUUUUUUCCUUCCUAUCUCACAUCUUCUGCUUGUCGUUGGAACCGUAUGCGGUGGUAGUCGGUUCUUUACGUAUCUAGUUCAUCCCACCUGCGCUGUGAAGGGCAGCCAGCGAUUAUCACCAUGGCGUCUGUUGCGACUGCCGGAGAAGCAGUGGCGAGAGUGGCCUAUCUCGCCAGUGAUGUCGUUCUCUCCGUCCAGCCAUCUCUGCAUACAGAUUCGUUCUUCUCCAAGUCUCUCAAGUCUUUGAAGUCGAGCAAUGCUCGCAAUGUUCUGCCCAGGGGCGUCACUGAUGUUCUGGCCUUGAGACACAACGAGGACCCCCUUCUUUCGGCUUUCCACCCAUUGCGGACCGGCAACACAGUCUCCGCCGUCACUAGCUCGUCGGUGCUGCUCUCUUCAAUCCCUCACCUCUACCGCUUGGCCAGCCACCCGCUUGUCAUCCACGUCGCUUUGGAACCCUCUCCUUUCCCAGACUACUCCGUCAUCAGCUCGAUCAGACAAUGUGGAUUCACUUUCUUGCACUCAGAGACUCUGCAGGAGGCCCAGGACUUGGCACUCACAGCUCAUGCUUUGGCUCAAAAGUCAGGCAAGGGUGUCAUUCAUUUCUUCGAUCCUGCCAACUCCGCCAGUGAGAGUGCCAUCCCCGAGGAGGAUGUGGAGGUUGUGAAGCGCGUUCUCGGCUUAGCUGGAAGCGCUGUUUCUCACACUACCGAGGCUGAAGCACAGACUUUGUACGCUGACUCCGGACGUGUUGCUAUCGUCUCCGAGGAGGAAGGGGAGAACCCUGUCACUGCGCAGACUGAGGCUACCAACACUGCACAGCCUUCUCAAACUCCUUCGAGCGUCAGCGUUGACAACUCGUCCGUUGGCUCUUCGAGAAGAGAUAGCAGUGCAGACAGCCGCGUGAGCAGCUCUGCUGCCACAACUGUCGACAGUGCCAGAAACGUGCGUCCUGUUAGCUCCACAGACAUCUUUGAAUGGACUUCUCAGAUCUGGGAUGUCCUUGCCCAGGCUGUUGGACGCAACUACCGGGCAAUCGAGUACACUGGUCCUACCGAUGCCAAGUCGGCGAUCUUCGUCUUUGGCUCGACCGGUGUGUUUGUUGAUGUUCUGGCCAAGGCCGAAGCCAACAGCGAGCUUGAGAACGUCGGUCUCAUUACCGCUCGCUUGUACCGCCCUUGGGUUGGAAGCCAGAUUUUGAGCUCCAUCCCAAGCUCGAUCGAGAAGGUGGCAGUUCUCGAGCAGGUUCGCAAGACCACUAAAUGGGGUCCCUCUUUCAUGGACCUCUUGUCGAGUGUUGCUCCUUCCGCUGCUGGUCGCAGCUUGAACAUUGUUGGUUACAGACUGGGAUAUGUUGAGCCCUCUACCGCUGUUCAGGCUCUCCGUGGCAUCAUCCAGAACUUGAACUCUCCUUCUCCCAUCCAGAACCUCGAAAUCGGAACUUCAAACGCCCCGGCUCUUGAAGCCACCGUUGAGCAGCCUCACAUUGAGAAUGCUUACUUGAAGAUCCUGAGCCAGCUCUUCGGUGAGCGCUUGCACAUUGCCAACCAGUUGGACUCCAAGAAUGCAGGAAUUUCUUCUACCAUUGCUGCGAGCCCCGAGUAUGGAUUUGGUUCUCUGAUCGCUAGAAUGGAACACCGUGAUCGUUUCGUCCGUGAAGUUGAACAGGCAACCAAGGCUACUGACUUCGCUACCGAAACUCCCAAGACCUGGCUGUCAAACUGGGCCUUGAAUGUCAAGGACUCUUCCAAGGCAAACAAGCUUGCUCCGGAUGUCAUCGCUCGUCUUUCAAAUGAUGGUUCCAAGGUGGCCAGGCAGCUGCUUGCAUCUAAGAAGCUUUUCUACGAUGAGUCCAAGUGGCUUGUUGGCUCUGAUGCGUGGUCGUACGAUCUUGGAAACUCGGGUGUUCACCAUGUUCUUGCCUCUGGCGCUAAUGUAAACAUGCUCGUCAUUGACUCGCAACCUUACUCAGAGCGCACCGCUGCCGACCCAACCCGCAGAAAGAAGGACAUUGGACUGUACGCCAUGAACUACGGCAACGCCUACGUCGCUUCCGUUGCAGUUUACAGCUCCUACACCCAGGUCCUUCAGGCUAUGGCCGAAGCCGAACAGUUCAAGGGCCCCUCCGUCGUUGUUGCAUACCUCCCUUACAACCAGGAGAAUGAUUCCGCUCUCACUGUUCUCCAGGAGACCAAGAAGGCUGUUGACCUCGGCUACUGGCCCUUGUACCGCUGGAACCCUAACAACGAGGACAGCGGCGAACCCAAGUUCUCCCUUGACUCGGAGCGUGUCAAGCGCGAGCUGGAAGAGUUCCUCCGCAGGGACAACCAGCUUACCCAGCUUAUGAACCGUCAGCCAAAGUACUCGGCUGUGCUCUCUGAAUCUUACGGCACGGAGGUCCGCGCACUGCAGAAGCGCAAGGCCAAGGACUCUUACGAGAAGCUUCUUGAAGGCCUCUUCGGCGCUCCUCUCACCAUUCUCUUCGCAUCCGACAACGGUAACGCGCAGACCUUGGCCAAGCGUCUUGGAAACCGUGGUCGUGCCAGAGGUUUGAAGACCAUCGUUAUGGCUAUGGAUGACUACCCAUCUGAGGACCUUGCUACUGAGGAGAACGUUGUUUUCAUUACUAGUACCGCUGGUCAGGGAGAGUUCCCUAUGAACGGCCGUGGUCUCUGGGAGCAUGUCAAGAACUCUGGUGACUUGGACUUGUCUACUAUCAACUACUCCGUAUUCGGUCUUGGUGAUAGCCACUACUGGCCCCGCAAGGAAGACAAGAUCUACUACAACAAGCCAGGAAAGGACUUGGAUGCUAGAAUUGCCUUCCUCGGAGGUCGCAAGCUCGCAGACAUUGGUCUUGGUGAUGACCAGGACCCAGACGCUUUCCAGACCGGCUACUCUGAGUGGGAGCCCCGUCUGUGGCAGGCUUUGGGAGUCGACAAGGUCGAAGGUCUGCCUGAGGAGCCCGCACCAUUGACCAACGAAGAUAUCAAGAUUCAGUCGAACUUCUUGCGCGGAACAAUUGCCGAAGGUCUUUUGGAUGAAACCACUGGUGCUAUCUCCGCCAGCGACGCGCAACUCACCAAGUUCCACGGAACGUAUAUGCAAGAUGACCGUGACAUUCGCGAUGAGCGCAAGGCUCAGGGUCUCGAGCCGGCCUACAGCUUCAUGAUUCGUUGCCGUCUUCCCAGUGGUAUUGCCACGCCUACCCAGUGGCUGCAAAUGGACGAUGUCAGCAGCGCUUUCGGUAAUGAGACCAUGAAGCUCACUACUAGACAAACCUUCCAGUUCCACGGUGUUGUCAAGCGUAACCUUCGCGGUGCUAUGCGCGGUAUCAACAAGGCACUCAUGACUACCAUCGCUGCUUGCGGUGAUGUCAACCGAAAUGUCAUGUGCAGCUCUCUCCCCGAGCUUUCUGCUUUCCACCGUGAGACGCACGCCGUUUCCACCCGGAUCGAUCAGCAUCUCUUGCCCGCUACAUCUGCUUACCAUGAAAUUUGGCUGAAGGACGACAGUGACAAGAAGGUCCAAGUUGCUGGAGACGCUAUUGUUGAUAAUGAACCUCUUUAUGGCCCCACCUAUCUUCCCCGAAAGUUCAAGAUCACUAUCGCCAUCCCACCUCGCAAUGACACUGACGUCUAUGCUCAUGACAUUGGUCUGAUCGCCAUCAAGGGAUCCGAUGGACACCUGGAAGGUUUCAACGUCCUUGCCGGUGGCGGUAUGGGCUCUACUCACAACAACAAGAAGACAUACCCUCAAACUGGUCGCAUGUUUGGAUACAUCCCUGCCGACAUGGUUCACAUUGUUUGCGAGAAGAUUAUGCUUGUCCAGCGUGACAACGGUGAUCGCCAGAACCGCAAGCACGCUCGUCUCAAGUACACCAUUGAUGACCUGACCGUUCCUGUCUUCAAGGAGAAGGUCGAAGCUCUCCUUCCUGACGGAUUGAAGUUCGCUGAGCCUCGCCCCUUCAAGUUCUCUGCCAACGUCGACCACUUCGGCUGGAUCAAGGAUGAGAAGGGGUUGAACCACUUCACCUUCUUCAUCGAGAACGGACGUAUUGAGGACACUGCUGAAUUCACAAUGCGUUCCGGCCUUCGUGAGUUGGCGAAGCUCAACAAGGGAGAGUUCCGUCUUACCGGUAACCAGCACUUGAUCAUUUCCAACAUCACAGACGAAGACCUCCCUCUCAUCAAGGAAGUUAUGGCCAAGCACAAGCUCGACAACACUAAUUUCAGUGGCUUGCGUCUUUCCUCCUCCGCAUGUGUUGCCUUCCCCACCUGUGGUCUCGCAAUGGCCGAGUCCGAGCGUUACCUGCCGGUCCUCGUUUCCAAGCUUGAAUCCACUCUUGAGGAAGUCGGUCUGGCUCGUGACAGCAUUGUCAUGCGUAUGACCGGUUGCCCCAACGGCUGUGCUAGACCUUGGCUUGCUGAGGUUGCCUUCGUCGGAAAGGCCUAUGGUGCUUACAACAUGUACCUCGGUGGAGGAUACCACGGCCAGCGUUUAAACAAGCUGUACCGUUCCUCUAUCAAGGAGGAUGAGAUCCUCGAUAUCAUGAAGGGUCUUCUCAAGCGCUACGCCGCUGAGCGCCACACUGAUGGUGAAGUGCCCGAGAGAUUCGGAGACUUCCUUAUCCGUGUGGGUGUUAUCAAGAAGACGACUGAUGGAACCAACUUCCACGAAGGAGUCGCUGAGGAAGAUGAGGACGAGGAAUAAAGUUGACGAAAAGUAUUCUUUGCUAAACAAUUUGGAUGAUUUUGCGCUUUUUCACUUUUGGACUUUUAUGAUCAGCAUUUUUCAUGAAUUACAAACGUGUUUUCUUUUUAUGCCUUCAGAUGAAUUUCCUUUUCAUGAUGAUGUACUCCAUUAUUUCUCAUCAUUUUGGGUCGAUUCCACUGUGCACUUAGUCUUUUCAUUUCUGCAUGUGCCUUUGCUUGUAUAUACCAGUCAUGACCAAAAUAGUGUCCA